CACACGGGUCGCACGCUCCGCCCGCGCGCGCCAUUUUAAUAUGGAAUGCGAUCGUAUUCGGUGACUUGUAAACAUCAAACGUUCGAAAUUCAAAAUUUGAUUGCGGACUCAAAACUUUUUCGUGCUUCAUCAAAGAGGAUUUUGUACUUUUUGUGUUAAAAAAAGUAAAAUGUUCAUAAGUGAAAUUGUUUUAGAGUAUUUUGGACGCUGUUGGCGGUGUGGUAUUAAUUUGUUUAUGAUGUGACUGCAAUUAGAUUAUUAACAGCAGUGUACGUGAAACCGGACGGUAUAUUAUGUAAUAAUGCCGAAGUCGUUUGAAAGCGUGAAAAUGAAGCUUUUAUCGUUGAUUACUUUGUGCGCGAUAUCCUCGGCGCACGAGAUCACCAAGCUGCAGGUGCCUCUGUUCGCCGACCCUCGCCGGCCAGCGGUGCUCAGCUGCCACUUCCAGAUGGAUGGCCAGAAAUUACAUUCUGUGAAGUGGUACAGAGACAUGAACGAGAUAUUUAGAUACAACCCCUCCCAAAAGCCUCCCAUACGCCUGUACAACGUAACAGGCAUCAUGGUGCAAGGCGGGGAGUGCCAAGAGGACUCCUGCAUGAUGAAGGUCAUGCCUGUACCUCUUGGCAUCACAGCGACAUACACGUGUGAGGUGUCCACGGAAGGUCCCAAGUUCCAGAUCGCUAGGAAGACGAAGCAAAUGACUGUUCUUGCCAUGCCAGACCUGGACCCGGUAAUCACGGGCGCCCCGAAGGAGCUGAAGCCGGGAGAGCAGAUCUUCUUGAAUUGCACAUCGGACUACUCGCUGCCGGCGGCUGAAAUCAAUUGGUACAUCGAUGAUGUGUUACAAAAGCCAGAACCAUGGCAGAAAACCGAGCUGAGUCCCUCCCUAGCGGGGGGGCUGAGGCGGUCAUGGCGCGUGCUCAGAGUGCGCGUGCCCACCACUGCUAGCGGUGCUUUACGCGUCAAGUGCGAAGCGAAAAUGGUCGUCGCGCCUCCGGUGAUACGAGACGUGGUCGCGAUCAUCACCGUGCACUCACAGACGCAAAUGUCGAAAUACGUUACGAGUAAUAAAGGUGUAAGUGUAAGCGGUACCUCGUUGGCUUUAGUGGUCAUCUCAUGGACUUUAACAAAAAUAUCAAAAUCCGCGAGCUUAUGAGAAUCGGUUUGAAAAACUCUGGUGAUAUUAGAAUAAGUGUAGAUAUAAUUCACACAUUCAGUGUAUCCAUGUGACCCACAAAAAUUAUGUGUAAAACUAUGACGUGACAAAAAUGUAAGACUACAACCUAUAGAACUCCACGGAGGAAACACAGCAAUGCGAGUAUUACAUUCCAAUUUCAAACUUGAUAGUGGCCACGGCAAUCCAUAGAAAAUAAAAAAAAGCCCUUCCAACUUUGAAAUUGAGUAAGCAUUCCAUUUUCUGUGACGAUUUAUUUUUUGUUAGUUUACUUAUAAUUAAAACAAAAUACGAGCAAUAAAUCUACUCUCAUCUGUUUCGAAUUCUAAAUUCAAACGAAUUUCUAGCCCUGCGUCAGUCAGCGCACAAAAAGUUGACCGUAUUGUGGUCAAUCUUCGCUCUUGACCGUUAGGGGAACGUUCAUAAAUAACGUCACACAUUUAGGGGAGAGUGGUGCUCGCUGGCACUGUGACAGACUGUUUUGCACACGCAAAAAACCGUAACAAAGGCAGCAGGUUUGCAAAUUAAAAAAUAUUUCCGAAUAAAUGGUCUCUUUUUUGGUAAUUAUGAAAUGUGUUUGUGAUUUAAAAUUGACUACGCUUUGCUGUGUUUCCACCCGUAUUUAUGUAUGUUAAGGAUCGGUUAUUUUUUGUACAUUUUACGUUAGUCAUUGUAUAAAGUAAAUAAAUUAUUUGUUAGCAAUAAACAUAAAUAUAUUAGAGUAGCAUCAAUGUAAUGCAGGUUGAGGAACAAAAAUAAUUUUACUAUACAUUCAAUUUUUUUUUCAUAUGAAUAUAAGUACAAUCAGUUGAUUAUAGUCUUAAAAUUCUGUACACCGCUUUUAGUCACUGAAGAAUUUUUCAGAGGUUAAACUUUAUUGAUUUAAGUGAUCAUACAUUUACCCUUAAAAGCAUUUUACGGAAAAAUCUUUGAAAAGCAUUUAUAUUCUAUAACCUACGCAAAUGUAAAAUUAAUGGUUAAUUUAAAUAAUUUUCAAAAAUUUUGUCAUUUUUUAAAGAAAAUGUUAUCACUUUUAUCAGUAAAGUCACCUCUUAAGCUUUGGUAAAUAUAUCACCAAGGUGUAUAAACCUUAAUUUCUACUUUGUGCACAAAAAUGUCCUAAUUUUAUACGUAAAAAUAUUUUAUCAGUGGCUAAACAUUUUAAGUAUAGUAAAAACUCGUUAUUUUUUUAAUUUAUGGUUGCCAGAACAUGGACUUACUACAAAAUUUUGUUUCUUAGAUGAAUUUUAAUCUGUAUGUUUUUGAUAAAAAAAUCUAGAUUGAGUUAGGAAAUGUGUUGAUGUACUGGCUGGCUACUGUAUGUAUUUACUUUUAAAUUCUGGCAAUCGUGAGACAUCGAGCGCAUUUUUUUUAGAAAAAAAGAAAUUGUUUUAUGUUAAGGACGUAUUUUCAAGUACUUCUGAGGGUUAAUUAGUUUAUUAUAAAAUAAAAAAUAGAAUUAUAUGAUUAGGCAUUAAUCUAUGGCUGUGUUUUCACUUAAGAUAAUGUCAAUUCUUUGCACGACAUCAUCUUUUUAAUCUAUACUGUACAGUGACACGUUAAUGUUUCUUUUAUUAUGUUUUAUUAUUGUAAAAUUGAAAUGGGAUACGUAAAUAUAGUUAUU